AUGUCAGUCUCAUCCUACCAUUCUUGGGCCCCUUUGCCAAAGUCGCCGCUCGAGUAUCCCACCAACGCUCUGUAUCGAAUUUCAGAAACACAACAGCGCGUAGGUGAUGUCUUCUGCCUGGCACCGGUGGACAAAGAUCACCCGGAGAAUUACGUCCGAUGGCUCAAAUUCCAAAUUCUCCUCUACCGUUUGGAUGGUGACUACGGUCAUAUCAUGAACCCCGGAGACUGCAUUGUCAUUGCUGAGCAGAACCCUUCCACCGCACGACCCGAGGGUCUCCAAAGGCCGAUUACCUAUCAUGGCAAAUUCUCGAACCGGCAAAUUUUCAGCACUUGA